GGCGCGCUUCCGGCGGGGCGGUGGUUGACCCGGAAGCUUUGCCGGCGGCUCACCGGUGACCCGGAAGCGUUUGCGCGGGGCGGGGUUGCGGCGGAUGAUGGCGGCGGAGGAGCCUCAGCAGAAACCGGAGCCGCUCGGCGGCGACGCGGACGGUGUGAACUGCCUGGCCUACGAUGAGGCCAUCAUGGCGCAGCAGGACCGGAUCCAGCAAGAGAUCGCGGUGCAGAACCCGCUGGUGUCGGAGCGGCUGGAGCUGACGGUGCUGUACAAGGAGUACGCCGAGGACGACCACGUCUACCAGCAGAAGAUCAAGGACCUGCUCCAGAAAUAUUCCUACAUCCGGAAGACGCGGCCGGACGGGAAUUGCUUCUAUCGCGCCUUCGGCUUCGCCCACCUGGAGGCUCUGCUGGAGGACGGGCAGGAGCUGCAGCGGUUCAAGGAGGUCUCGGCCCGCAGCAAGGAGGAGCUGGUGGCCCAGGGCUUCACCGAGUUCACCAUCGAGGACUUCCACAACACGUUCAUGGAGCUGAUCGAGCGGGUCGAGCGCCGCGUGCCCCUGCCCGAGCUCCUGGCGGCCUUCAACGAGCCCAGCACCUCCGACUACCUGGUGGUCUACCUGCGCCUGCUCACCUCGGGCUGCCUCCAGCGCCACCGCCGCUUCUUCGAGCAGUUCCUGGAGGGCGGCCGCAGCAUCAAGGAGUUCUGCCAGCAG